AUGUUAGUACACAUCGACUGUCGUGAACUCAUCAUGUAUAAAAUGCAACAAUUCAUAUUAGUAAUUUUACUCAUAAUACCUUUUUCAAAUGCUCUAUGUCCGAAAGCAACAUUUCAAUUAAAAAAUGCAACAAAACGGGCAUCGUAUAAUUUUGUUGAAUCAACUACUAAAAAUGCUGGAUCAUUAGAAGCAUGUCCUUAUACUGGUCGUCCUUAUGUUUAUUUACCGUGCUAUCCAAAUUCAUCGUGGGGACAUGAACCGUAUUUUAUCGAUUGUUUAAAAUCUCCGGACUCUAAACAAGAGAUGAAAUCAAUAGUAUUUCAUGAAAAUCUCUAUCAUAAUUUAACAAUCGAAGAAGUAGCAAAACUCUCUAUGACUACGUCGGAUGAUGUAUCUAAUGUCUUAUCGUAUUUAAAUGAUGAAACAACAUGCUUUAAAUCUUCAUCAGAUAUUGCAUCCGUUGUCAAUAUAAUAGAUCGUAUAGUGAAGAAUAAUCAAACUAAGCAUGAUAUGCAGUCUAAUUUAUAUUCAAUUGCAAAUAAACUUUUAUCCGUUGAGUCAAUAUUACAAAUGCAAGAAGCUCAAAAGAUGAAUAGUAGUGCUGUUAGAUUAUUAUCAUUACUUGAAACAUAUUCGGAAAAUUUAGUCUUUGAUGAAUUAGAAAAAUAUUUUGUUAAAAAUAAUUUCAUUGUAUCAAUUCUGAAUAAACCAAAUAGCUGGUCGGAACCGAUUAUUGGAUUUUCAUUUGAUCCAAUAAAAUAUGAAACUAAACUAAUGAAAUCGGAGAAUGAUCAUCAAAAUUUAACAUUUAUUACUCUUGAUUCCGAAACUGUAAUGAUGCAAAAUCGCUUAAUAUUCUCUGUAUUCAAUCAAACUAAUGAUUUAUUCGGCGAUAAGAAAUAUCGUUUACUAUCACGCGUUGUUUCAUUAACAAUGGACAAACCGAAAUUGAUAAAAACUAUGAAUUCAUUAGUGAAAAUUCAUUUCGUUUUGGACAAAGAUAUUAAACAUAAAAAUCAUAGUUUUAUUUGUGCUUAUUGGCAUAUAUCCGAUAAUAUGACAGCACAAUGGUCAAGAGAAGGUUGCAAUGCGACCAAUGUAACAGAGAGAAGUGUUACUUGCUUGUGUAAUCAUUUGACACAUUUUGCUGUUUUAAUGAAUAUCGAAGAACAACCAUUGCCGAAAUAUAUCGAACAAGUUCUAUCAAUGAUUACACUCAUAGGAUUAGUUUUGUCAUCGAUUGGUUUAUGUUUAACAAUUUUAACGUUUAUAUUUUUUAAGAAAUUACGUCGUCAUUUUAGCCAAAAAUCUCUUUUACUUUUAUCAAUAAAUCUUCUUGGUGUUAAUAUAUUAGCGUCGAUUAUUUGUUUAUUUACAUCGAAUGAAUUGAAAGAUUUACUAUGCACUAUUGUUGCUAGUUUAUUACAUUAUUUCGUAUUAUCAUCAUUUAGUUGGAUGUUUAUUAUGGCUUUAAUACAAUAUUUGUUAUUUGUUCGAGUAUUUCCGCAUCAAACACUUGCAUUUACAAGAAAAGCGGCAGCAUUUGCACAACUUGUUCCAUUGAUUCCUGUUGCUAUUGUAAUUUAUCUUGAUCCAUGGGGUUAUACCAAACGCAAAGAUAAAAUUUGUUGGUUGUCAGAUUCGCCAUCAUUUUAUUUAUCAUUUAUUUUACCAAUAGCUCUAUAUAUUGUCAUUAAUAGUAUACUCUAUUCAAUGGUUGCUUAUUCACUCUUAUGUGGCCAAACAGGGAAAAAAAUGCGUACUACACACACUCUUGAAUCUCGCCGUUUAUCACGAUUUUCUGUUGCGUUAAGUUGUUUUGUUGUUCUUGGUCUUACGUGGAUAUUUGGCCUAUUCAAUUUAUUUUCUAUUGGACCAAUGCGUCUUUUAUGUCAAGUGCUUUUCUGUUUAUUUGCUUCUCUCACAGGUUUCUUCAUAUUUGUUCUUUAUAUAUUAACAUCGAAAACAAAACGGGCUUGCUGGAAUAAUACUUUCAAAACACUUGGUAUAUCAUCGAUUUAUUCUCCAACAUCAACAUCGUCGUCUGGUUAUCUUGCUAGUAAAGAAUUUUCUUCGGCAUCAACUAAUGAUCAUCUUAAAACUUCUUCCUGUCAUCAACCAUAUCCAGCUAAACAUCAGCAUUUCAUUGAUGCCUAUAUGCCAUCAUCACCGCCACCACCAGCUCCUCCCACACUUCCUCCGCCUCCACCAACGCUGUUAAAUGAAGCUGAUGAUUCAUUAUGCACAACGAAUAUUACAACUCUCGCUUAUGAACCACGACAUGUUUGGGCACCAGAAUCAAAUUAUAUCUAUGAAUCAAAUCAAUUGACAACAUCACUCGAUGAUUAUUCUCUAUUCUAUGCUUCAAAUCAUGGUGCUACAAAACUUUAA